UCUUGUUCUCCUUUCUUAUGGUUGGUAUAGGUCAUUAUUGACAAUCUGGAAGAUGCACAGUGGCAAAUAGAUAGAGCAAUAUCCAAAUGUUUGGAAGAAAGCAAACCAGUUUACAUUAGCAUUUGUUGCAAUUUGGUGGCCAUUCCUCAUCCUUCUUUCUCUGCUCAACAACUCAUCCCUCUCUCCCUCUCUCCCAAGCAAAGUAAUCAAUUGUGUUUGAAGAUGGCAGUGGAGAAAGCAUCUGAUCUUCUAAAUACAGCCGUUAAACCUGUAAUGAUCGGUGGAAAGAAGCUACGACUCGCCAAAGCACAAGCCGUAUUUCUAGAGCUAGCCGAUGCUUGUGGCUACGCUGUUGCCGUUACACCAUCGGCAAAAGGCAUGUUUCCCGAGAACCACCCUCAUUUCAUCGGAACUUAUUGGGGAACAAUCAGCACUGCCUUCUGUGGGGAGACGGUGGAAAUAGCCGAUGCCUCAAUUUUCAUAGGAGCCACUUUAGACGAACUGGAAACCAUUGGCUACUCUCUUACCUACAAAAAAAAUAAAGCCAUUAUCGUAGAACCAAACCGCGUCAUGUUUCCAAAUGGAUCGUGUUUUGGGUUGAUUUUAAUGAAGGACUUUCUUCAGGCUCUAACUAAGCGGCUCAAACCCAAUUUAACAGCUUAUGAGAAUUAUCGCCGAAUUUAUAUACCCGAGUCGGAUCCACCACAAUCCGAAUUGGGUGAGGCAUUGCGGGUCAAUGUUCUUUUCAAACAUAUUCAAAAAAUGUUGACCAAUAACAUGACUGUGAUAUCUGAGACGGGUGACUCUUGGUUUCAUUCUCAAAAACUUAAACUACCAAAAUCAUGCGGGUAUGAGAUACAAUUGUUGUAUGCAUCAAUUGGAUGGUCUUUGGGUGCAACUUUAGGAUAUGCCCAAGCUGCGCCAAAAGAGCGUGUGGUUCUUUGUAUUGGUGAUGGAAGCUUUCAGAUGACUCCACAAGAUGUGUCUACAAUGUUAAGGUUGGGGCAAAAUAACAUAAUAUUUUUAAUCAAUAACGGUGGAUACACAAUUGAAGUAGAAAUUCACGAUGGCCCUUACAAUGUUAUCAAGAAUUGGGAUUAUACUGCCAUCGUCGAUGCUAUGGACAACCGUGAAGGCAAUUGUUGGACCACCAAGGUUCACACAGAGAAAGAGUUGGUGAAUGCAAUUGAGAUAGCAACAGGAGAUCGAAAUGAUUGUUUGUGCUUUAUAGAAGUUAUUGUUCAUAGAGAUGAUACUAGUAAAGAGUUACUUGAAUUUGGAAGCAAGAUUGUAGCUAUUGGUAGUUGUCCUUCAAAUCUUUUGUAA